UUGUUUGCUGACAAGUUUGUGCCGGGAGUUUUAGUUUAGGCUGAUGGGUUUUAUUUUUAACAGUCAACGCUUGUAACGCAGAUAACCGGACGGCUGAGACAGUUUUAAGAUGAGACGUCGAAAUCUGAGUUCAUAAAUCCGUAUUGUUUAAAAGGUUUUGCUUAGUUUGUUACUUUAGGGUUUGCGUUUCCAGGUUAAGAAAUACAAUGUCUCUUGAUACAGAUGAAACUCGGCAGAGACUGAAGGCAGCGGUUCAUCUCACCGUGGGCCGUCUGUGUGGGAAGGUCGGAGCAGAACACCGCAGGGAGUUCAGCCGGCAGGUCGUGGCUGCCAUAACCGAGACCGCCUUCCGACAAUGUGAUAUAUUUGCUAAAGACUUGGAGGCCUUUGCAAGGCAUGCUAAAAGAACCACAGUGUCUCCAGAUGAUGUGAAGCUGGCUGCCCGUCGCAGUACUGCACUGUCAAUCUACAUACAGAAUAAAAGUGAAGAACUGGCCCAGGAACAGAGGGAUAUGAAAAAGAAGAGUGGUGGGAAGAGGAAGAGCAAAAACACUGAGGAGAGCAGAGAAUGACAAGACACUGGGGAGCCUGUGGUGUCUCAUUUGUCCCCAACAUGUAAACGAACAUGAAGACUGACCAGCACACGAGUUGUCAUUAAAUAAAUGAAAAUGAAAAGUACUUUGCAUCACAAGUUUAUAUUACGCAUUUCAAAAAUCUUAAUAGCAUGACAU